AUGAGGGCUUCGGUUUCAGUUGCAUGGCUGUCGCUGUUAGCGACCAGUGCCUUUGCUCGGUCUACAAGAACCUACGACAGUGAGAUGCUCACGCCUGUCCCGACGCCGCCGGCUGUUAUCAGAGGCAUGCCAGCAGGAGAAUUGGAACGGGUGACUGUCACGAUUACAGUAGGAGUUAGUGUUUGGCUAGGUGAUUCCGAGACUUGCACUGGCGCGCCGGCGGGUACUGUCACGGAUACUGUCACUAAUUCAAUCACCGACACCGUUACUCGAACUGUUUUUGAGACAGGAAAGGUCACCGUAACAGAUACCGUCAGUGUCCCUGCAGCGACUGUCACAGAUGUCUCGACGAAAACUGUCACUAUUGACCAGUCAUCGGUUCCAACCUCGACAGUGAGGACUACUGUUGGUGGUUCAACGGUCACGUCUACUGUCGGCGGUCCAACAGUGACGACGACUGUCGGCGGUUCAACAGUCACGUCUACUGUCGGUGGCUCGACGGUCACGGACGCCUCCACAGUAACAAUUACCAUGGGCGAGUCAACCGUCACUGCGCCAGUAAUGACCUUUCCAGGAACCACCAUGGUGACGAGCGAAACUAUUCCGGGGUCGGUCACCACUAUUCCAGGGCCAGUCACAACCGUUCCAGCGUCGACUCUCACGACAUUCAUCAGUCAGCCUGCCAGCACUGUCACUUUGUCUGGGGGCAUUAGCACCCUACCAGGUUCAACUGCUACCGUGACUGUCACGCGUCCUGGUGGUACAGUGACUGUUGUGGGAUCAACUGCAAUAGUCGACACCGUCACAGCCCCAGGCUCAGAGACCACUGAAAUGGCUCCCACGACCGUGACUGAGACCACCUCCGGUCAGGAAAUGACGCUGACACAAAGCUCCGUCGGCACUACCACCGUCUCCAUCUCAGUCUGUUCCAGUCUCGUCAGCAAUCCAACCUAUACGCCUGCUACGCAGCUACCAAUAGACUAUACUUGGGGUUGCCCACCUGGAUAUCUCUGCCGGCCUCCUCAUACGGGUGACCGUGCCGGCUGCAAUGCUGAAGCCGGUGUUCCUGCUGAUGGCUACGUCUGCGCCCCCUCGGAUUGCAUCCCUGCUCCACCCUUGAUUUACAACCAAUCCGUGGCUAUUGAUGAAAAUGGUCACCACUUCAAUAUCUCUAAGGACUAUUACAACCUUGAUCCGGGUGACUUUGGUCUGAACUACUCCAUCUUCCGGGUUUCAGGCUCCGCAGCGUCUAAGAGGAAACGCGAUACCAAAUCGUUCUGGGACCUCCUCGUCAGCCGAAAUGCCAAGAGAGACAUCUCGGAUAUUCCUGGUCAAUGUUAUAAUGAUUGUAAUGAGGCUGCACUGAUGCCACAAUCACUCGGGAAGACGCCGGAGCUGUGCGAAAGCGACUCUUUCACGGCCGAGUUGGGACUCUGUAAGACGUGCAUCAGCAAUAAUGCUGACUCGGACUCGGAUGAUCAAUAUUCACAAAGAAUGUUGCCGACGUUUGCACAGUACCUGAAUUAUUGCUCUGGUCUGGCGACGACUUCCACAAGUACCACAGCAGGGACGACUGCUACCAGCACCACGGCCUCAACAGAAGCCACUACAACGAGCACCCAGACGACUGAGAGCACAGCUGCCAUAAGCACUUGGACUGGGGAAACAACCAGCACAACCCCGACAACUCCAGUAGCUGGACUGAGCACAACCACGGUGGAGGUGUCUAGGACUGAAAGCAUCCGGACCCCCGACGAAAGCGCAUCCAGCAGGGGACCAGUUGCCACCGGCGACGUUGAUAGCUCAUCGACCACAGUAUCCAGUAGUCCCAGUGGCACGGCAACCCCGUCUGCCUCUUCUACUUCAUCCAAUGCGGCAGUAUCAACUAUGGGCGUCCCUCAUAAAGGCUUACUAAGUCUGCUGCUGGCUCUUUUCGCAACUCCAUUCUUCUAA